CUUUCCCCUUAUUUCAAUAAAAACGCUGACUAGUAGAACAGAAGUAAAUAAGAAUUAAUUUUUAACAAGCCAUGUCUUUUGAAGCUACCGGCGAGGGUGUUAACUUCAUGGAGUCUCCUCCGGACAAAGUGGUGCUAGUGGGAGAUGUCGGAGUCGGAAAAACCACACUAUUCAUGCGUUACAGGACUGGAGAGUUUAUUGAGCACACUACGCACAACCCAAGGCUUGGAGAGUACCACAAGAAGUGGAAAAUCGAGGAUGGAGAAGUGUCUCUCACACUCUUCGACACUGCCGGCAUAGAACGUCACAUGAGCACCAUUCCUCCCACCUACUUCCGCUGGUCCAAGGUCCUCAUGCUCGUAUACAGUCUUGAUGAUGCAGACACAUUCAACUCUCUCACCAACUGGGCCGAUAACGCAGUAGGAGCGAGAGCUGGGAGAUCACAGUCAGAUAUAAUUACCGUGCUUGUCGGAAACAAACUUGAUCUCGAAGACGAUAGACAAGUUACAGUUGGGCGAGCAAAACAGUACGCUGAGAAUAACGAUAUUUCAGAGGACAUGAUUUUCGAAAUUUCGGCAAUGGAUGGAACGGGAGUGCAAGACAUGUUUGACAAAAUUGCAGCGAAAGUGAAACCAGUUGGCAGUCAGCAGAAAAUAAAAACUGAAAAACUCUCUAAGUCAAAGGCUGGCUGUUGUGCAUGAUUUUUUGUUCCACAGAAUUGUUCACCUUAUCCAUAUGUGCUCGUUGUGUUGUGCUGUCUUUAAUCGCACCUAAUAUUAGUUCGAAGAGAUUCAUUUAAUAUUUUUGUUUUACUGACAUCUCACACUUUGUCCACCUACCUUUUUGAAACAUGCUUGCUACCUCACUGUAA